CCCUACGCUAUCAACGUGGUUUCUCGCGUGAGCGUGAGAAUAUCACGUGGGGGCGAGAAUCCUCUUACUUGUCGGCCAUUUCACGCGAGGCGUCAUCAUGGUAAAGACAAACACAACAGGUUACCGCCGCGGUACGCGGUACAUGUUUGCACGGGCCUUCCGCAAGAAGGGUGUUGAGCCUUUAUCGACUUUCCUCCACGUUUACAAGAGAGGCGACUACGUGGACAUCAAGGGUUGUGGUGCCUUCCAGAAAGGCAUGCCUCACAAGAGCUACCAUGGCCGAACGGGGCGUGUCUUCAACGUCACACCUCACGCUGUGGGAGUCAUUGUCAACAAGCAGGUCGGCAACCGCAUCAUCCCAAAACGCAUCAACGUCCGCAUCCAGCACGUGCGCCCUUCCAAGUGCCGGGACGACUUCCUGAUGCGUGUGAAGAGGAACGAGGAGCUGAGGAGGGAGGCCAAGGAGAAAGGGAUCAAGCUGGAGAGAGGCGCCCUCAAGAGACAGCCAGAGCAACCGCGCUCGGCUCACUUUGUGAGCACCAAGAAGAACGAGCCACAGCUUGUAGAACCCAUCCCGUACAAGUUCAUCGCAUAAGGCAGUGCAAAAAACUGCACACUUUUGAAGGAAGGGGUUCAACGUCAACGGCCGUUUUGUAAAAUGUAACUAAUGUUGUGAGGGUUAAAAAGCUAAAUAAAAGAGCAGGUAAACAUUA